AUGGAAGCGACUGCCGCCCAGACGGCCAGGAGAAUCUUCAGAGGCUAUGGCGCAGACUUAAACUUUCCCCCCAUUCCCCCGUCACCCCCCCCUUCUCCCCCCGUCAACCCCCCCUCCUCCCCCCCUCGACCCCCCCUGCCCAGGUGCCUCAGGGGGGAAGAGGGGGGAGAUGAGGAGGAGGAUAGGCGGCAGCAGCUGCGGCGGUUAAAAAAGGAGGAGCAGCAGAGGCAGCAGCAGCAGCAGCAGCAGCAGGAGGAGGCGGUGCGUGCAAAGGCAGAACAGCAGCAGCAGCAGGUUCGGCCCGAGCCUGACGAUCCAGGCUCGGGCGGAGGCACGGGAACGUUUGACAUCCAAAAGGUGGUCAGCUUUCCCCUGAAAGUCCUAGUAGACGCCACCAACACUUUCGCCUCGGGCAACCAUCUCGGGCAGGGUACCUACGGAAUGGUGUACAAGGCGAAAUUACCCUCGGGGGAUGUGGUAGCGGUGAAAAGAGCUAAGGCAGACCGGAAGCAGGAUGCGGGGAAAUUCCGAAAGGAGAUUGAGCUGCUGUCUCGGGUCAGCCAUAAGAACCUGGUGCGGCUGGUGGGGUACUGCAGGGAGGGAGGAGAGCAGCUGCUGGUGUAUGAGUAUGUGGCGGGAGGAAACCUGUCUCAGAACCUCAACCCGACGUGGAGAGAACGCCACAGCCGCCCCCCACUGAACUGGACGGAGAGGCUACUUAUUGCAGCGGGUACUGCACGGGGACUAGCAUAUCUGCACGAGGAGAUCAACGUGCCCUUCAUCCACCGGGACGUGAAGCCCAGCAACAUCAUGAUCGACCGGCACGUUGUAGCUAAGAUCGCUGAUUUCGGCACGACCAAGCCCAUGACUCCGGAAGAGCUGAGGAAGAUGUCAGUCACCAUCCAAGGCACCGCUGGCUACUGCGACCCGGACUAUCUGCGCACGGGGCACUCCUCAAAGCGCAUCGAUGUGUACUCGCUGGGCAUCGUGCUGCUCGAACUGCUCACCGGCAAGGGGCCGCACAAAGUCAACCGCCCCUACCGAUUCGACGUGAAGGAUCGGUUUGACAGGGGCGGCUUACCUUCCAUCGUAGACCCAACCAUGGGGCUGUACCCUGCAGACGAGCUGUACCAUGUCUUUGACCUCGCCCUCCGCUGCACCGACAUUCAGAACCCCGCCGCCCGCCCCUCGAUGUCCCGAGUGGUGGCUGAGCUAGAGGCUGUUCUCGAGCCUGAGGCGAUUUCCCGCUUCAUUUCCUCCGGACCUCCGUCGCACGACUCGGCGGACUUCCGUACCGCGCCGUCAGGCUCGGGAGCUGGUCCGGGUGGGGCGGGGCUGACGCGGUUUGCGGGAGCUGGGAAGCAGGUGGGGCAGGGUGGUGUAGAAGGGGGGCCAGGCUCGGCGGCGGCAGGCUCGGGGGUAGCAGGUUUGGCAGUGGGAGGUACUGCAGGUGCUGCAUUGGCUGCAGCAAUCAGCUCUGCCUCUCCCUCACGUGCCGACGAUGCCAGUUCAACUCACACUCCAGACUCCCUUAACCCUCCGAACUGCUCUCAACCGCAACUUACCCCUCCAUCUGAUGCGCCUAUUCCUCCUCCGUCCUCUAGAAGAACACCAGGACCCCCGGCAUACAAGGGCAGAGCAGCAGGGGCAGCAGGGGCAGCAGGAGCAGCAGCAGGUGCUGCGGAAGCCACUGGAGGGGAUAUUCGGGGUGUGAGGGAUAGAGAUUAUGAUGGGGCCUAUGUUGUGAGUCACGAUGUAGGCGUCCAGAUGAAACCUGCACCAGUUGCAGCGUUUCGGGGGGCAUCGGCAGCUGUUGGGGGAGGAGCAACUGGAGCAGGUGUUACUGUAGCAGGUGUGGCUGGUGGGAACGCAGGUGGAAUCAGUGGUGGCAUCGGGGUUGCUGCUCCUCCUACUGGUCAACCAUACGAAGCGGGAGAGAGAUUUGGUGAGGGAGGAGGUGGAGAUGGAGGUGAGAGGGGUGGAGAGGGGUAUGAGGAGGGCUUGGAUGCGUCGUUUGAUUCUAGCGGGUUUGAUCGGAGCGGGCGCCUCAGAAUGGCUCGAGAUGCGGUUUUCGCGCUCUCCCUCGCGCUCCUGCUCGUGGCAGCGCGCGCCGGCAGCCCCAUCACAAGCUCGACGGCGAACGAGAAGCCUGAUCCGAGCAGCAAGAAGGACGACGGGCUCAUGACCGAACUCCCAGCAGACAUCGCGAAGCAGGCGGCGUCGGGCAACGCGGCUGGACUGACCUAUGUGGACACGGCGCAGGAUUCUUUCUUCAUGGCUGAUGUGAAGAAGGCCGGGUGGAACGCGCAGAAAUGCCCGCCGGGUUUGAACAAGGAGCUGGCGGGCGCGUGCACGCCCAAGAAUUGCUCCAAGGGCGGCAUUGCGGCCAAAUGGAAGACGGCGUACCUGCAGAAGAACAAGCUCGGGUACGAGCUGUACGUGCCGGGUAACCCGCUCACGCUGCUCAAGGCCAACCCCGCGUCGUGCUGCAACACCACGGAGGCGAAGCCCGUGCCGCUUCAGGUGCGCAUCGGCGGCGAGUGCAACCCGAGCGCCAAGAUUCUCAACGACCCGCAUCUGGUGGGCGCGCACGGCACGCACUGUUAG